CGGGGCGGACGGGGCGGCCCGGGCGGCCCGGGCGGCUCGGACUGGGGCGCCGCCCCUGAGCUCCGCGCACACCCGGAAGCUGCGCGAGGCGGCGGAGCCUGGCGGGCGUGGGAACUCAGACCGGGAGGCGGCGGGCAGCAGGCAAGAUGGCAGCUGGGCCCAAUGGGCCCGAGGACUGGGUGGGCAGUGCCUACUUAUUUGUGGAGUCCACGCUGGACAAGGUGGAUCUGUCAGAUGCCUACGCUCACUCCCAGAAGAAGGUGGCGGUGUACCAGGCUCUGCGGACGGCACUGACAGAAUGCUGCGGGAACCCAGACGAGCUGCAGAUACUCAAGAUCCACCGCAGCGACCCGCAGCUGAUCGUGCAGGUGCGUUUCUGCCGGCGCCAGGCCUGCAGCCUGUUUCUGCGCACUUACCGCGAGGGGGCGCUGCGCGCCGCACUGCAAAGGUGCUUGGCGGCAGCGCUCGCUCUGAACUCGGUACCUUUGCAACUGGAGCUGCGGGCCGGCGCCGAGCGGCUGGAUGGCCUGAUGACCGAGGAGGAACGCUGUCUGAGCUGCAUCCUCGCCGAGAAGCCCGACCGGCUCCGGGACGAGGAACUCGCUGAGCUGGACAAUGCGCUUCGGAAUCUAUCGUGUAACUCGGGGGGCCAGGGCGACAACGUGGCUGUCCCUGGAGCCCCUUCGCAGACUCUGACAUCCUCUCCGUCGGAGGAGAAGCCGCCGCCGCCGCCGCCGCCGCCCACUGGCCAGACCUUUCUGUUCCAGGGCCAGCCCGUAGUGAACCGGCCGCUGAGCCUGCAGGACCAACUGACCUUCGCACGCUCGGUGGGCCUCAAGUGGCGCAAGGUGGGGCGCUCACUGCAGCGCAGCUGCCGCGCGUUGCGGGACCCAGCGCUGGACUCACUGGCCUACGAGUACGAGCGUGAGGGCCUGUACGAACAGGCCUUCCAGAUGCUGCGGCGCUUCGUGCAGGCCGAGGGCCGCCGUGCCACCCUGCAGCGCCUGGUGGAGGCGCUCGAGGAGAACGAGCUCACCAGCCUGGCUGAGGAUUUGCUAGGCCUCGCACAUCCCGAUGACGGUGUAGCCUAAGCAGCCAGAGAGAAAGGCGCGUGGAGUCCAGUUGCCCAGCCAGGCUUCGGAACCUUUUGGUGACUCUAGGGUCCCCUUUGCUGCUACUGCUGACGUCCUGGCCAUCCAUGGGGUCCUGAAGCCAUGUUGCACCCUACAGUAGCAGAUCUGCUGGGGCUGCAGAGCAAACCUCACUGCCCUCUGCGGGAUGGGAUGGGCACCCAUCUGGCACCUGGACUGCCACGUGUGCCAUGGAGGGAUUUCGCCCAAACACUUUGACAGAGAUAGAGAGCACAGGUGGCUGGGGGCAGAGUUCUGUGUCAACCUCUGGCGUUAGAAGAGAGGCUCCUGCCCAUUCUCACCACCUUCACCAAUGGAAGGUGACAAACACUGUGUCCUUGCGUCAUUUGGGUGCUGCAGACACAGUGAACAGGACAGAGCAGCUGUCCCCCAGUUCACUCUGUGGGGCUCUUUAUAUUAACAGUAUUAAAACGAUUCUUGUUUUGUU